UCCAUCGACCUCUGGGUUAUGGGCCCAGCACGCUUCCGCUGCGCCACUCUGCUGACAACGUGGUUUGCUGUCUUUUUAGCCCUCCAAUUGGCUGUCUCAUCUCCAUAAAUGUAGCAAUCAUUUCUCCUUUUGUUCGUCUUUUUUUUUUUCCAGAGGGUUCUCUUCUCAAACCUAGAGGAAACUUUCCCGCUGUAUCCACCAAUCCCGGAUCAUCCUACUCCACCAGUGAAGUCAAGAACUGCCUUGCUCGCUCUGAACCUCUGAGUACAAUUUUACUAUUUCUGUACAAAUGCUAAAAGUGAAAUGAAGUAUUGCGUGUGUAUAUGCCUAUGUGAAUUCUACCAGUGAGCAUUCCCCCUUUUUUCCAGUCAAUGGAAAGAUGAUUAAUAAUAAUUUAAAUACACAGCGUCUUGUAACUCUCCUUUCCUCCCAUGUGUGUGUUGAACGCUGGGCUAUGUAAACACUAGAAGCAUUUUAGUUUCGUUUCUAGUGUGUAUUUUAUGUUAGCUGCAACCUUAAGAAAAAGCCAUCGGGCUUUUGGGGUUCUUGCCGUAAGCUCCACAAGCAAAAUAAGGAAGAGCACAGAACUUUUCCUAAAAACAAGCUCUGAAAAUGCCUUUCCUACGUCCAAGGAAAAAAAAGAGAGCGAGUUCUCAGAACGAGUUAGAGUUGGCACAUCCGCAGUGUCACAGCCGGAACAGACCCGGAAAGAGACCUAGGGAAGUCUAGUUCCCGCCCAGGCUGUUUCAGUUCCCAAACAGGUCGGCCCGGUGGAUAGAUAUAGAUAGAUAGAUAGAUAGAUAGAUAGAUAGAUAGAUAGAUAGAUAGAUAGAUAGAUAGAUAGAUAGAUAGAUAGAUAGAUAGAUAGAUAUCUAAGGGAGUGCAGCCCGCCGAGAGAUACGCUGUGCAGUGGAGGUCUGUAAGUCAUUAUGUCUGGUCGUGGCAAGGGAGGCAAAGGGCUGGGCAAAGGGGGUGCCAAGCGGCACAGGAAGGUGCUCCGCGAUAACAUCCAGGGUAUCACCAAGCCUGCCAUCCGUCGUCUGGCCCGGCGCGGCGGCGUCAAGCGUAUCUCGGGGCUCAUCUACGAGGAGACCCGCGGCGUGCUGAAGGUGUUCCUGGAGAACGUGAUCCGGGACGCCGUCACCUACACCGAGCACGCCAAGAGGAAGACGGUCACUGCUAUGGAUGUGGUCUACGCACUCAAGCGCCAGGGCCGAACCCUCUACGGCUUCGGCGGCUGCUUAGCAGUAAUUAUGUCAGGUCGUGGCAAGGGAGGAAAGGGGCUGGGCAAAGGGGGUGCCAAGCGGCACAGGAAGGUGCUCCGCGAUAACAUCCAGGGCAUCACUAAACCUGCCAUCCGUCGUCUGGCCCGGCGCGGCGGCGUCAAGCGUAUCUCGGGGCUCAUCUACGAGGAGACCCGCGGCGUGCUGAAGGUGUUCCUGGAGAACGUGAUCCGGGACGCCGUCACCUACACCGAGCACGCCAAGAGGAAGACGGUCACUGCCAUGGACGUGGUCUACGCACUCAAGCGCCAGGGCCGGACGCUCUACGGCUUCGGCGGUUAAGUCAGCUGCGAUUUGCCAGCCCGCUAAGGAAAACCAAAGGCCCUUUUCAGGGCCCCCCUCCCUUCUCUAAUGAAGGAGCUGUAAUUUGCCCAUCUGGUGGGGUUUUUUUGUUCACUAGGUUUUAUACUACAAUAUAGCUCUGUACUUAA